ACACACACUCUCGAACAAUCUCAACUGAUAAGGACGUGUCGAAUAGUGAGAUUCAAUUCGGAUGCAUCUUAUACGAAGAUCGUUAGUAUAGAGAAUAACGUGCAGUUGUAAUAAACGAAAGUAAAAACUAAAAUAAAAAUCAGUCGCACGUUACUAUCGGAUUCCGGUUUGCGCAGUUACGAAAUCGCGGCGACACUUCGCCGGUCAAUUUGGCAAAAGUCGUAAUUAUGCAGCGAAUACGAUAUCAUUACUGGCGGACGUUUGUUAUGAAGAAAGACUGAAAAUUACAAAAGUUCCCGCAGGCCUGUGUUUAUAUGUGUACAAAGUCGCGCCGCGCGUGCGCCUAUAUGGUGGCGUCACACAACGAGCGCACAAUAUUAUAUACAUGUAUUUAUCGCCCCAAUGGGUGAUACGGGGAUAUCCCAUCCUGUCCUUGACACAACUCUCGUUUGGUGUGUUGUACACAGAGAGAGAGAGAGAGAUUUAUCAAAUUCCGGCCAAUUAAAUUUGGGAGAAGACGCGGGAACGAUAAAUAAUAAACGUGUCCGAAAAUAAAAAGAGAGUUGGGUCGCAGCUUGGCAUGACAGUAGUGUUGUUUCCUUCCUCGAGUAACGUGUAUCAAACGAUGUUACACCAACUGCUCUGGGUCUGCAUCGUAUGCGUUUGGAAAGUCGCAGCUUAUGACUUUUUCCAGCGCGAGUGUAAUAUACCGCAAUGCAAUGAGAUCGCUGAAUACCUGAACAACCACGUCAACGUCGACGAGAUAGCUUGCGACAAUUUUCUGUCGUACUCUUGCCAGUACAACACCACGGGAGCCUUCGGGGGUAACAGAUACGUUGUCAGAAAUGAUCACUAUCACCAAAGUAGCGAUUUCGUCGAGAAGGAAAAAUACGUCCUCGCCGAUACCUUCCACGAAAUCUUGAGCAGUACCAUCGAUGAGAGAUGGAAGAACCCAGCCCUACACUGGGAACGAGAGGUCUACGCGAACUGUCGAAAAAACUUGAACAACAGAAACGACGAGUACAUCAAGUACAAGACGCACCUCGAUGAAGCUGGCCGACUCGAUAAGGACUAUCACAUAGAUUACUACACCAACAACACUAACGAAAUCGUUAGUUGGGUUAUACCGGACAGAAAGUACGCGAACAAAGGUAUCGGGUUCGCUUUCUUCAAUGUCGAAAUCGUCACUUCGCAAACCGACGACUUGGGCUACAUGGCGGGCCAGAGCAAGCGAUACGUGCAGAUAUCUCCAAUGUCGGUGAACGAUCCCCUGGACAUUGGGAAAUUUUUCACCAGCUAUUACAAGAAUAGUCCUACGCACGCGACCAAGUACAAAUCCCUCGGGAAGCUCAUCUCGGACUUGAACCAAAUCGCACCUCGAAAAACGGACCACGAGGAGGACGAAUCUAAGGACGUCGAGAGAUACGCGAUCUCGGAAUGGCAAACCAAAUGGGACCUGCAUUCUUCCGCUGAUUCUCACCUGAAUUGGUUGAACCACCUGAACUCUAUCGGGCUCUCAUUACGAGCAUCCGAAGAAAUUCUGGUGAAGAACUGGGCCUACUUUGAACAUCUCGCCGAGAUAAUGCAUACGACGCAUAUGAACGCAAUCACGGAUUUCGUUCAUUUACGAUACAUAAUGAAGACGAUAGGCUUCGUCAAGCCAGAGUAUAGUCAAUAUUCUAUUAUUCCUGAAAUCAAAGGAUUCACCUGUGCACCUGGCCUGAUGGUCGGCGUUGUGCACAGCUUCGCGUCAAAGUAUUUCCCGAUGGACAACAAAAGAGCGUUGGAAAAAAUGUUCAACGAGUUGAGGUCCAACAUAAAGGAGAAUUUGGAUGCGAUCGGCGAGAGCAGCGUCCGAACGACCGCGGCGACAACGAAAAAAUUCCUGCGAAAAUUGUAUGCUUCUGAUGUGGUGAUAGGAUACCCCGACUGGGUGAACGACAACAUAACGGCAUCGUUUUACACGAUAAGAGCGGUUUCCGAACAUUAUUUCCAAAAUCAAUUGUACGCUCUCGAAAGCCUGCUGCAGCGCCAAGUGAAAUCGUACACAAAGGGAGAAAGUCUAUACGAAAUGGAUAUUUACUACAAGUCUCUCAAGCAGGAAGACUUCAACUUCGACUUGACAACCAACGAAAUAAUCCUGCCGAUGUCCCUUUUCAAUGAGCACGACUACAAGUACUUCAGCUCGCUGUUGUUCUAUCCGAUAAACUACGCAUCCGCUGGCACAUCGAUCGCCCAAAAGCUCUACUACAAGUAUCUGGAUGAGAUAUCCUACGCGACGCAAAGCGACUUACCGAGAUGCAUCGAAAGUCGCGCAAGUUCUCUGUACAACGAGAGAAGGAAAAAUUACAUCUUGAACUCGGCGUCGUGGCUUCUGGCGGUGAGGGACUCUUUCAAAACAUCUCCGGGUCUCGAUGGAUUACCGAUUCAUUUCCGAAACUUUGGCUCGAUCUUGCCGAAGCAUCUAUUCUUCGUUAUCUUCGCUCAGUCGCUCUGCAAACUUCCGAAUUCCGCGACCGAAGGUCCCUCCCAUCACAUCAAUUUCGCCCUCUCAAAUUCCAGGGACUUUGUGCGCACCUUCCGUUGCGACCGAGAGCACAAACUCUACCAGAGCAAUAGCACUAGGUGCGAGCCCCUGCAGCAGUAUUUCAAGUGAUCUGUUUGCAACUCGAGCGUUCAACUACUUAUAUAUAUAUAUAUAUAUAGCUGUGUGAUCUCAGAACACUCAGGCUUGCCAUAAUUAUAAUAUACUUUAUAUGUGUGCGGGGCAUGAAUAUGUAUACGUAUACCCGUGACAAUGCUACGAGAUUCUUUUUAUCAUUUAUUCAUCUGCAUAUAAUUAUAACUGUCUGUAUGUUUUAAAACGUAUAGAAUACCGAUUGAUUUCGUUUGCUAUUCUAAAGAUUCGUGCGAGUGUAUGUAUAUAUAUAUAUAUAUACAUUGGAAAAGGGCAAACUGGUUGCAUAUUCAUCUCAUCUAUGAAUUAAUUAUUGUAACGAUUAAUCGACGUCAUAUAUUACGAAUUAUGAAACUAUUGUAUACUCGUGUAUUAAUAAAUUACUGAUGCUAAUAAAAUAAAAAGUUUAUAAGAUUCAGAGUA